AUGGCAACCCUGACCACCCGCACCGGUCAGACUAUGGACCGUCAAGGCAUGGAGUCCAUGCUGCGUCGACGCAUGUUCUACACGCCCGCCUUCGAGAUCUACGGCGGUGUCGCUGGUCUCUACGACUACGGCCCUCCGGGCUGCGCCCUUCAGGCCAACCUGAUCGAGACCUGGCGCAAGCACUUUGUCCUCGAGGAGGACAUGCUCGAGGUCGACUGCAGUGUCGUGACCCCCCAUGACGUCUUCAAGACCAGCGGCCACGUCGACAAGUUUGCCGACUGGAUGUGCAAGGACCCAAAGAACGGCGAAAACCUGAGAGCCGACCAUCUUGUCGAGGCCGUCCUGGAGGCAAGACUGGAGGGCGACAAGAAGGCGCGCGGCGAGGAGGUCCAGGACAAGGAGGUCGACCCCAAGAAGAAGAAGAAGAAGGUCUCUGCUGAGGUCAAGAAGCUGGACGACGCCCUUGUCAAGGAGUACGAGGAGGUCCUGGCUCAGAUCGACAACUACGAUGGUGACGCCCUCGGCGGCCUGAUCAAGAAGUACGACAUCAGAAACCCCGCCACUGGUGCCGAGCCCUCGCCCCCGAGGCCCUUCAACCUCAUGUUCCAGACCACAAUCGGCCCCUCUGGCAAAGACCAUGGAUACCUCCGACCCGAGACGGCCCAGGGACAGUUCCUGAACUUUGCCAAGCUGCUCGAAUUCAACAUGCAGAACAUGCCCUUUGCCAGCGCCUCCAUUGGCAAAUCCUACCGGAACGAGAUCUCCCCGCGUGCUGGUCUGCUCCGUGUUCGCGAGUUUCUGAUGGCGGAGAUCGAGCACUUUGUGGACCCCGAGGGCGGAAAGAAGCAUCCUAGAUUCCCAGAGGUCGAGAACCUCGAGUUGACGCUGCUGGACAAGCACACUCAGCUGUCCGGCCAGACGACGACGCGGAAGAUUACCAUCGGCCAGGCGGUCAAGGACAAGGUCGUGGACAACGAGACCCUGGGCUACUUCAUGGCUCGAAUCCACCUGUACCUGGAGAGGGUCGGUGCGGAUAUGAGCAAGGUCCGCUUCCGACAGCAUAUGGCCAACGAGAUGGCCCACUAUGCCUGCGACUGCUGGGACGCCGAGAUGCAGACCUCGUACGGCUGGAUCGAGUGUGUUGGCUGUGCUGAUCGAUCCGCCUACGAUCUGACGGUCCACCAGAAGAAGACUGGCGCACCCUUGAUCGUGCGCCAGGUCCUGACCACUCCCAUCGUCGAGCAGCUAUGGGUUGUGGACAUUGACAGGAAGAAGUUCGGACCCCACUUCAAGAAAGACGGCAAACUGGUGGCCGAGGCUAUAGAAGCCCUCGACGAGCCACAGCUGGCAAAGUUCGCAAAGGAUCUGGAGGAUCAGGGUAGCUUCACCAUCGAUGUCCCUGGCAUCGCAGCUGGAAAUGCCACGGUUGGCAAGGACCUCGUCAAGAUUGAGUACAAGAGCAUAACAAAACACAGUAGGGAGUACACGCCCAACGUCAUCGAGCCUUCGUUCGGGAUCGGCCGCAUUCUGUACUCGUUGAUUGAGCACAGCUUCUGGACUCGCGGCACGGAGGGCGGUGAUGAAGCUCGCGGUGUCCUUUCCUUCCCUCCAGCAAUGGCCCCGACCAAGGUCCUCAUCGUUCCUCUCUCCAAGAACGAGGAGUUCUCGCCCAUCGCACGCAAGAUGGGCCACAAGCUCCGCCAGAUGGGCAUCUCCAGCCGUGUAGAUGACUCCGGCGCCAGCAUCGGCAAGAGAUACAGCCGAAACGACGAGCUGGGCACGGCCUUUGGCAUCACUAUCGACUUCCAGACCGUCAAGGAUGGCUCGGUCACCCUGCGGGAGCGCGACUCCACGAGGCAGGUGCGGGCGGAUGAGUCUCGCAUUCUGGAGGCCGUGCAGAGCAUGGUGAACGGCAGCAAGUCGUGGAAGGACGUCGAGGGCGAGCUGCCCAAGUUUGAGACACAGGAGCUGGAGAUUAGAGAAGCUUAG